AUGCCAUUUGAUCUCAGUGUCUUGUUCCAUUGGCAGAGCUCGUCGACCGUCAGGCCAUUCGCCAUGAGUAGCUCUUCUGAGUCAAAGAGCAGCAAUUCCUUGACCAACACCUCUGGCUCCAAUCUUAGCAAAACCCAAUCGAAUGCAGGAUCCACACCCCCCACAUCUAUUGCCACCAGUGGCUCUCCUGCUAAGAGCAUGGACUCUCCCAUUUUGUCUGCUGACAACCCUGGACUUCGCAUUGAGUGGGCUCGCGCCUUCAACUUGGGAAAAUGUCACGCUCGCGACCCCCGUAAACGCCCUGUCCAAUACACAGUAUUUCAGGCCGGCAGACAGGACGAGGACUGCGAUUUACCUACGAAAAGGUCAAAGACCUUGCAAACGACGUGGAACUUUACGUCUACCCCUUCCUCCGCAGCUACAAUAUACCUCAACGAGCGCAUGCUCGAGCUCUCACGAAUCACUCGCCGAGCUAUUGCUGCGAGGUUGCGAUACCAACGCCUUCGCUCCCGCGAACUAGAUUUGAUAAAGUCAAUUCUUGACGACGAAACCGAGCUGUGCCAGACGCAGUUGAGUGGAGUUGAUGUACAAAUCGGCUCCAUCCGAAAUAUGCUUCAGGACGCUGGGGUCGCGCAAAUAGGGAGCAUGGGUUCUAGGUUUGAUCCUAACGAUGCUGCUGGGCCCUGGUGUGAAAGUUCUUCCGAUGAAGAAUCAGCUGCAAUCGCCGCAUCUCGUGGCAGCUCAGCCUGCCCGUCCGAUGACUCAAAUCUAUAA